CUACUUUUUCUGUUGCAGAUUGCUGUGGUUGGAGAAGAAAACUACACUCCUGCAGAUGUUAUGGAAAUUAUUGAUUCCUUGAAGAAGCAAGUGUUUUAUGAUCGUCGUGCUUACAUUAAGAAAAAAAUGGAAGAGAACAAGCAGAGUCUCAUUAACAUGACACAACUGGUUUAUAAUCUAUCGUUCAGAAAUUGUUCGGAUCAUAAUAAUGAUUUACAUGCAGAUUUAUUAACUAGGAGACAAGAUGACGCCUUAUGUACACUAAAUAGUCUUGAACAAUCAGGAGAAAAGGAUAGUGGUAGUUGCCAAGAAGAAAGUUCAUAUGCAUCCACAGCUGUUCUUAUUGGCAACAAUUUUGGUGGAAAGAAUGUUCAAUUGAUCAAACUGCCUGAAGUGCCAAAAUUACCUCUCUAUACUACAUGGAUAUUUUUAGACAGGAACCAAAUAAUGACUGAGGAUCAGUCAGUAGUUGGUCGUAGAAGAAUUUAUUAUGACCACAAUGGUGGUGAAGCUUUAAUCUGUAGCGACAGUGAGGACGAUAUUGUCGAGGAAGAAGAGGAGAAAAAAGAAUUCGGGACUAUUGAAGAUUUCAUUAUUCGGACGACCAUUGCACGUGCUGAGCUAUCCAAUGUGGUUCUAGAUGCUUUAGCUCAAAGCCUCGAGAAGGAUUCUGCUGAUAUCAAGGCGCGAUCUGAAAAGUAUUUGAAGAGAGAAAAUAAUGACGAGUGUGUCAAAAAUAGGGAAAGUGAACCUGAUGCAAAACUUGAUGAGGCAUUUCUUGAGAAAGAUCUGGAGGCAGCUUUAGAUUCUUUUGAUAAUCUUUUUUGUCGCCGUUGUCUGAUGUUUGAUUGUAGAUUACAUGGGUGUUCUCAGGAUCUAGUAUUCCCUGCAGAAAAGCAACAUCCUUGGGUCAACUUCGAUGAUGGUGCUCCUUGUGGUACUCACUGCCAUAGAUUGGCUUCUAAAUCAGAAAGUACAGCUACAACAAAUUCUCAAAUGCCCCAUGAGCUUGAAGAGCUAGUUCACUCGGCCAGCAGUCCUGGGGCAGAACCUUCUCCAAGAAGGAAAGUUAAAGCUUCCCUAAGGAGGGCAAAGUCUCAUCCAAGUGAAAGUGCCUCUUCAAAUGCAAAGGUUGUUUCUGAUAGCAGCGAGUCUGAUAUGAGAAACAAUCAGGAUAAUGUUUCUGUUCAGCUCUGUUCGUCUCCAUUACGAAAUAAGCAACAUGGAAAAUCAGGAGCCAAGAAGAAGACCAAACGGGUUGCUGAACGGGGUCUUAUUUGCAUAAAAAAGAAACAGAAAAAAAUGAUGCAAUCUGAUGCUGAUUCUCUUGUUAGUGGAUGCCUUGUUGCACGAGAUAUGAAACUCAGAUCAGAUACACGAAAUGACAGUAAAAGUUCCAGCUCAUCAAUGACAAAUAGACCAAGUAUGAGAAAUAAGAGAAAUUUUGUAGCGCAAGAGGAGGGUAAUAUGAAUCCUAAAUUUGAUGAAGCACAAAAAAAUGAUAUUUUCCAGACAUCUAAGGAUCCUUCAGUAACUGAAGGUGAUGAAAGUGAAAGAAAAGAAGAGUUUGUCGAUGAAAACAUCUACAAACUUGAAAAGGGUGAUUGUAAACCCUGGAAGAUCAUUGAGCAGGGUCUCUUUCUUAAAGGUUUAGAAAUUUUUGGAAAGAACAGUUGUUUGAUUGCUAGAAAUCUUUUGUGUGGAUUGAAGACUUGUAUGGAAGUGUUCCAGUACAUGAACAAUAUUCAAGAUGAUGGAACUUACAGGACAACUGAUGGUGUGAUUUCUCUAAUCGAAGGGCAUGGCAAGGUUAUUGAAUUGAGAACAAGGUCAAGGUUCUUGAGAAGGCGUGGUAGAGUUCGUCGCUUGAAAUAUACAUGGAAAUCAGCUGGCUACCAUUCAAUUAGGAAAAGGAUUACUGAGAGAAAGGAUCAACCGUGUCGCCAAUACAACCCUUGUGGUUGCCAAUCUGCUUGUGGAAAGCAAUGUCGUUGCUUGCUUAGUGGGACAUGCUGUGAAAAGUAUUGCGGGUGUCCUAAAAUUUGCAAAAACCGUUUCCGAGGUUGUCACUGUGCUAAGAGCCAAUGUCGAAGCCGUCAAUGCCCAUGCUUUGCUGCUGACAGAGAAUGUGAUCCUGAUGUUUGUAGAAAUUGUUGGGUGGGAUGUGGUGAUGGUACCUUAGGUGGCCCUAAUCAAAGAGGAGACAACUAUGAAUGUCGCAAUAUGAAGCUUCUGCUGAAGCAACGGCAAAGGGUAUUACUUGGAAGAUCUGAUGUUUCUGGCUGGGGGGCGUUCCUCAAGAAUAGUGUUGGUAAACAUGAAUAUCUGGGUGAAUAUACCGGGGAAUUGAUCUCUCACAGGGAAGCUGACAAGCGUGGAAAAAUCUAUGACCGGGAAAAUUCAUCCUUUCUCUUUAACCUCAAUGACCAGUAUGUUCUUGAUGCCUACAGGAAGGGCGAUAAAUUGAAGUUUGCCAACCAUUCUCCCGAUCCAAACUGCUAUGCUAAGGUUAUCAUGGUAGCUGGUGAUCAUAGGGUUGGGAUAUUUGCAAAAGAAAGAAUUGGCGCAGGAGAGGAACUAUUUUAUGACUACCGUUAUGAACCUGAUCGUGCUCCUGCUUGGGCCAGAAAGCCUGAAUCUUCUGCCUCAAAAAGGGACGAUUCACAACCAUCCAGUGGCCGAGCAAAGAAGCUUGCGUAAUUUUCUGAACAUGUUACUUAUUUUUCCUAUCCAUUGACACCCAUUUUUUGGCCAAUUGUUUGAAAUUAAAUCAUUGAUUCUAAGCUAAACAAUUCCUUCUGGGGGGCAUGCGGAGUUUCUGAUAUUUUGUAUAACAUUCCGUAGGCCAAUUAUUUGGUGCGCCAUCUAAUUGACAUUGACUCGCUUCAUCUGUUGUAUCAAUAUUAUGUAUAACAUUCCGUAGGCCAAUUAUUUGUUGCAAGAUGUUGAUCUCAUUAAAAAGGGAUGUUAUUUCAAUUCAGGGCAUUUUGGCUAUUCUAUAGUUGAUUUUA